AUGGAUUCUGCGACUUCACUGAACAAGAGCUUUGUUGGCCAUGGAAAGAUUGCUAAGGACUAUAUCCUGUUUACAACUCCUGACAAACCUUUGCCGCGUGCUGGAAAGGGCACAAUCCAGAGGCAGCGAGCCGUGGAUUUGUACAAGCAGGAGGCUGACGCAUUCUAUGACGAGAAAUCGACCACUAAGAGAGGCCCGGCAACGAGCCGGAAUACAUUUGACCUUGCUACACUGGAAACCACUCAAGCAUCACUUCAAGUAUCACUUCAAGCUUACAUUGCACAAGGGUUCGACUUGGAUUGGCUCAAACUUGACGACGAUUUCUUCAACCAAGGGGGUGACUCCCUGCAGACAUUGACCCUCUUACGCGCGAUCAAUGACUCCAUUGCGAUCGGUCACGAUGCGAUAGAUGUCAAACAGGUCUAUAAAAACCCUACCAUUCGAAAACUCGCCGCAUCCCUUCAUUCGGAUGCUCCACGUCCUCGAGAGGAUGACGAUGAUAUCGACUCUUGGAUCCAAAUGCAGCAGAUAUUCCACUUGCUUUCUCCAAAACUACACAACGGCAGAGUACAAAACAUAUCGUCGCCUCCACGGUUGGAGCUGAACCACCUGAAGACGGAACGUUCGGCGUCUGCCUCGGACACGGACGGCAUUCCUCCUCUACCAUUCGAGACUUCCGCAUCACUGGAGAAGGGCCCCAGUGACAAGAGCAGUGCCUAUGAUGCCUUACAGGACAAGAAUUUUCUGAUAUCAAUGAUACCGCCCGAUGGAGGCUCUAUUGCCUGA